AUGGAAAUAGCUCGUGAGAUUUCGGUUCUAUUUGAUUCUGAAUCUUUUGAACAAAUAGCACAAAUUAUUCAAGAUAAUGAAACGCUUACUUCACAAGAAAAAAAAUAUCUUAAAGAUACAUUCAUUAAAGGACGAAAUGUAUAUGGAAGAAAGGCAAACAUGUUAAAUGCAUUAUGCAUUCGUUGUCAAUCUGAGCUGUCUGCUGAAUUUUCUUGCCUCGAAUGUAUUAGAUUACAUAUCAAAAAUAACUUUUCUAAAUGGACCUCUGGAGAUAAACUUUUUGAUUUUUGGAUUCAAAAAUUUCAACUUAAAUUUUAUGCUAGGUCAAAUAAAGUCAUUGAAUGGGUACCUUUUGAUAGGUUUCAAAAUAUUAAAAUCAAAGCAAGCGGAGGGUUUGCAAACGUAUAUAUUGCUAAGUGGAUAGAUGGUUCAAUAAUUAGUUGGGAUGCGUAUAAACAAAAGUUUUUAAGAGGUAUGCCUGGUCCGGUUAUAUUGAAAUCCAUGAAAAAUCCUGAAAACCAAAGUGAGAACUUUUACCAAGAGAUAUUGGUUCAUAUUACAGUUUCUUUGGAGUGUCCAUAUAUUGUUUCGUGCUAUGGUUUGACCAAGGAACCAGAAAGUGGUAAUUAUAUGAUGAUUUUGGAAUACCUUUUUGAUGGAGAUUUAAAAGAUUUUUUAAAAAAUGAAGAUAUUACUCUUUCAUGGAGAACAAGAUAUUCCAUACUUCACAAUAUUGCCUCUGCACUUUCGAAAAUGCAUCUUUAUAAUAUUUUGCACGGAGAUAUUCACCCUGGAAAUAUCAUAUCAUCCAGAAAUAUGUGGUGUGUCGAAAUGAUGAAAAGAUGUUGGAAUACUGAUAGUUUAAGUAGACCAAACGCAUCUGAGCUUUUAAAAUUUUUCACAACUAAUUUACAAAAGAUAUAUAAGAAUGAAUUGAUUAUUCCAGAAUUAGAUAACAACUUAACUUCUUCAUUGUUUACAUCUGACAAUGACCUUGCUCCAAAAAUUAUUAAUACAGAAUUACAUGAAAUAGUAACGUAUAAAAAUGCUGUUAGAAAAAUAUAUCACUACUCCAAACUAGGGCUGUUAAGUGGUCCGACUCAAACCGAUGGUCCGCCGGAUGAAACCUGCGACAGAGAUAGUUACAUUGUUGAUGCAGAUUUACUUAGUUAUAGUGAUAGGUUAGUUAGG